AUGAUUGCAGAGAAUAGAGAUCAUUAUGGGUUCCCGAAACAAAACACUCAACAGCCAAGCAAAGAAGAAAUGCUCAAGAUUAAUGCAAGGAUUGAGAAGUGGAGAAAAAUGAUACCUAAGAUCCCUCAAUUAAUGGCCAAUAAUGAUUCUAAACUCAAAUCUCGUUUAAGAAAAGGAAUACCAGAAGGGAUCAGAAUGCUCAUCUGGCCUUGUUUGGCUGAAAUAGAUUAAAUGAAAAUAUAAGCAAAGGUAAAACAUUGAAUAGUAUUCUUGAAGAGAACCUAUAAGGAGCUCAUUGAAUCUCAAGAAAUCUCACCUCACGAUAGUCAAAUCACCUUGGAUGUUAUGCGUACAUUUUAAUCGAAUGAUCUUAUCAAAAUGGACACUAUCACAAGUCAAUCUCUCUUCACAGUUCUAAGAGCAAUCAGCCUAACCUUCUAAGACAUGGGCUAUUGUCAAGGAUUGAAUUAUUUGGCUGGCUCAUUUUUAUUAUUGAUGAAUGAUGAAUUAGUCUAUUGGCAUUUGUAUAGUUUGCUUACCAAAUAUGGUUGUCUUGAUACUUAUAUAAAUCCAACUAAUACAUUAAAAUAUUUUUAUGCAUUGGAUAUUUUAAUCAAGCAAUUCUUACCUGAUGUACAUGCAAGAUUUGCCAAAUUUAAUAUUGUCCCCUUUUAUUAUGCAGCAGAAUGGUAAUAAUUACUAUACAAUUUUAGGUUUAUCACUCUCUUUAGCUCAAUUCUCCCAAUGUAAAUCUUUCUAAGAGUCACUGACAUAUUUUGGUAUGAACAUCACAAAACUACUUUCAGAGCAUCUUUGGCCAUACUCAAAAUAAGAAAGGAAGAAAUUUUGACAGUAAUACACAUAAUUAAUAUUAUCUAUAGGCAAAAUCCAUGGAAUAAGUAAUUGCCAUUCUGAAAGACCAGAAAUUUUUUAAUAAUUUUGAUCCAGAAAAAUUCAUUAAAAUUGCUAUGAAGGAUUUUAUCUUUUCAAAAAAAGAUCUUCGUAAAUACUAUGAUCAAUUUGCUGCUGCCCAAAAGAAAUGAUUAUAUUCAAAUAAUAAUUGCC